CACGCUCCAGGGACGGCAGGCCUGGCUGCUGUCAGCUCCAGGAGGCACUUGACCGGCCUUUGUGCUCUUGCUGGGGUCACAGCGGAAAAUCUGGUGAUCCCAAUAGUUUGGAGAAUGUCUCAGCCUUCAUGUGCGCACACUGUCAGGGACGUGUGGGGACAGUGGGAUCACCUGGCGUGGUGCACAGGAGAAAGCCCUUUGCUGGCACCUAGAAAGAGGUGCUUAUCCUCCUCUCUAGGGAGGCAGGUGGGAAGGAGAAGGAAGUCUCUCUUCCCUUCCCACCACGCCUUUAUUUAUCACAGUUUUUCAGUGGGCAUCUAGAGCUGCAGACUCACGGCUCAUACUUAGCGUUUAUUGGGGAGUUCAUGGGAUUGGUCUCAGUAAAGGUUGUCUUGCUUCGCAGCAGGCUUGAAAUGUCUCAGUAUAUUAUUCUCCAACUGAAAGCUAUUUGUUUUGUGAUGGCAACGUGAUGUCUGCAGUGUUUACUGGGCACCUGGGUAACUUAAAGUUCUUUAUAUUUUUGAGGCUGGCAGGUCUGACAUCACUAGUUGCUCCUCAAUGUAGGUCCUCCUCCAAGCUUACAGUUUUGUUCUCCAUAGGAAGCUCUGUGUUUUCCAUUGUUUUGAUAAGUCUCCUCCAGCCUUUCCCUCAGCUCACCUAGCCAGUUAUGCUUCACUCUCAGGUUGGCUGCACGUCUGGGAGGCUUGGCCACUUCUGCUGCGUAGUCGCAGUGGAAAUAAGUGCUUCAUAGCAACCCUGCAGAACUUACAGUGGAGUGCAGCAGCCACGAGUCAUGGUACUUUCGCUCAGGGGUGAUAUCAAAUGAUGAGAGAUGGUGCUGUUGGACAAGAUUAGUAGGUAGUGCGAAAGCACUUCUCUUUCCUCAGAGGCAGUUGCUCUCUUUGCCAGGUACAUCAAAAGCGUGCCUUGGCCCAGGCACUGGUUAUUAUGUGUGUGCUGGAGUGGAGUCCUCAGAUCUCUGACCUUGGAGAUAACUUGAUAGUUGUCUGGACAAGGCCCUGAACAGCUUGAUCUGACUUUGAAAUUAGCCUUGCUUUGACUGUUGGCGGGUGGGAGGUGGGUGUGCUAGAGACCACUAGAGGUCCCUGCCUACACUAUCCUGAGAUCCUUCACCCGAGGACUGAAUGGGGGACAGAGGGCACCACAGACAUCCCUGGGACGGGGCUGUACCGGCCUGGCCUCUUCACUUGAGAUCCAUUGCAUGUUCCUGUUCCCCACUAGCAGUGUGCUAUGUCUCUCUGGGAUCCCUUCCUGUUCUCCUGGUGGGUGGUUGUAAUGGUUCUCCCUUUUUCCUCUGACCCCAGGGUUUCUAACAGAAGUAGGUGUUACUGCAGAGUCAGUGUGGCCAAAGCAGUUUUGGUGUAGGGAUCUGUCUUCUGGAGGGUACCACUCCUCCUGGGAUGCGUGCUCUCACAGAGCUUGGGCACCGAAGGAUCAGCCUGUCUGGUUCAUCUCCCAGCAGGGAUGGUGGGCAGCUCACUGCGGUACAGAAUUCUGCCCUUUUUCUUUCCCUUUCAGGGAGUCUCUGUGGUUCCCUAGGCCAGGCUUUGUGGUUUGGGUGCUGCUUACUCCAGGCCAUCUCUGGGAGGAAGAAGCAGUAUCAGCCUGAGGACCAGAAGCCCCCUGUUCCUCAGGCUGAUACUGCUUCUUCCAGCAGCUGCUGUGGUGGUGUACAGCCCUGUAGUAGACAAAGUUUUGAUAUGUUGGAAGCAUUCAGAUUGUUUUAAAGACUGGGGAAUUCUGCUUGCUUUUUUCUUUUUUUUUUUUUUUCUUGUACUGUGUCUUUUUCAGAAUAUGAUGCCCCAGGAACGCACAUUAAACUUUUCUGGAGUGGAUUUGUGUAUUCUAAAUCAGGAGAUUGAUUUACACGCCAUGUUAGUGAUGCUGUUCUCUUCACUGACCAUUUAACAUAGCAGGAGAUAACAAUGUGCUCCAUGUCCUCAAAGCAUACUUGUCCCAAGAGAGCUGGGUGCUCGGGCACCCUUGCAGCUCUGGUUAUUGGUAACUGAGACCUUUUGGUGGUCUGAGACCUUUUUCCAGAGCCUGAACUGGAAAGCAGGCCAUCUUGAAGCCUCUUAUGAAGGUGCCAGAAUGGGGCAGUCUCAUUAGAAUCAUAGGGUUGGAAGGGCCCUCUGGAGAUCAUCUAGUCCAACCCCCUGCCAGAGCAGGGUCACCCAGAGCAGGUUGCACAGGAACGCAUCCAGGCAGGUUUGAACGUCUCCAGAAUCGGAGACUCCACCACCUCUCUGGGCAGCCUGUGCCAGGGCUCUGCCACCCUCAAAAGUAAAGAAGUUCCUCCUCAUGUUGAGGUGGAACUUCCAUGGUCAAGUUUGUGCCCGUUACCUCUUGUCCUGUCACAGGGCACCACUGAAAAGAGCCUGGCCCCAUCCUCCUGACACCCACCCUUUAAGCAUUUAUAAGUGUUGAUAAGAUCCCCCCUCAGCCGUCUUUUUUCCAGACUGAAGAGACACAAAUCCCUCAGCCUUUCUUCAUAAGAGAGGUGUUCCAGUCCCCUCAUCAUCUUGGUAGCUCUCUGCUGCACCCUCUCCAGCAGUUCCCUGUCCUUGAGCCGGGGAGCCCAGAACUGGACACAGCUUAAGCCGCAGCUGUAGCUUGAGAAAGGUUCACACUCUCAAGUGGUGGACAGUGGGCUGUUAGUGCUCGCUGCCUGCUGGACAGGCAGCCAGAUCGCAUGGAGUCAUCGGAGCAAUCCUGCAGUCCUCAUUGGAGUUAACGGUUCCAAGGUUUGGGAAUGAGUCGUAGUACUGAAUUUUGAUCUUGGGCAGGAGACGAGGUGAUACUAUGUUUGGCGUCACCAUUUUUCUGGUGUCAGCAGAAGAAACAGAGCUCUAAUUCAAGCUUUGCAUACCCCAUAGAGGUUGCAGUGUCUGAUCCAAAGCGCAUAUUUUAAGAUGAAUGGAUUGGACCAGACUUCUCAAAUAAUUCUAGCUUCUAGUAAAUAACCUUUGGGCUCUCUAGGUACCACCGCUAGCAGAGCUUUGAUUUUAGGAAACAGCUUUGAAGUCAAAUGUACCUUCAUCCCCUUUAUGUCGCAGGUGAUUGAACUUGAUAAUAAUUCAGUGACCUGAGGUGAUCUCGAGAGAGGAGUGUGUUAGGACACAGCUGAGUUGUUGAGGGAGAGCUGCACUUGGUCCCUAAUGGCUUUGCAAAGCUGGACUUUAAAGAUCCCAGAAGAUGGUGUCUGCUUGCAUCCUGAUGCCAAGGCACUGGCAGCAGUGGAAGUCACCUAACUUUGUCUCACAAAGAGGAGAUUUACCCUGCCCGCCUGUGGUUGCUGAUCAUGCUGGGUCGGUGGGCUGGGAAGGUCAUGGGGGUAUGGAAGGUCUCCAGAUUCACUGAGAUUUUUGUAUGCAAUUUCCAAAAAGCUGAUAGCAAUAUUGCUCUGAACUGUGCAAAGCAUGAGAACCUGGGACUUGGUCCUAGUGCACAGAGAAGCUUUAGGGUGAAUAGAUACACCACCAGCUUACCUUGCCCCUCGCUGUCCCUCUCUCCCCCUGCAGUCUAGACAAUUAUUGUCCCAAAACUCAGAGUCCUGCCAACUGUAGGGUCUGGCCAGUGGCAGGUUUGUAGACACACCUUAGCUGGAGGACGCACCGUGCUGCACUCAAGCGAGCUUUGUUGGUGCAGCUGAGCUGCUGGCCCGGCCUCAGCCCAGCAGGGCUGUCCCUGUGUUGCCCUCGUGUCAACAGGUAGCCCCGCAUCUCAUGCCUUGUUACCCCUGUUUGGCUUCUCUGCUUCCUGGCCGUGCCGUCUCCCAGCAGGGAUGUCACUGACAAAGUGGUGGGAGGUCUCAGCUGGCCUCGCUGACAGGGUCACAAAGGGGGUUGUAGAACCAAACCCGUUCCAUAAAAAGUCAGGAUUGAAUAUCAACGUCCUUGGCAUUGCCUGUGUGCUCAAAAGUGGAAAAGGGCUGUAUCAAGAGGGAGGAUCAGCUGGAGCAGGGAGCGGUCCCUCGGCUCCCUGCACUUCCCAGGGAGUGUGUGCUGUGCCCUCCUGUGGCUCUGCCUCCACGCAGCACUUGCAGCCCCCCUGCGAGACCAGAAGAAUGGAGGUGGGAUGGGACCCCAGGGAGCAGUGGGGAUGAGGAAGAGGAGAGGCGCUGAUUUUUAGCAGGUUUUCUUGCAGGUUGCUCCUGGAAGGCUGGUCAGGGUGGUAGGCAGGGACAGUGUCCUCAGGCCCCACAUUUAUCCCCUUGUGCUUCCUGCAGGAUUCGUGGGCUCAGCCAGGCCAGCGCUGGGUGCAGUUCACUGCUCCCGCUUCUCUAGCAGCCAGCAGCCCCUUUCAGAUCCUGGCACCCCACACCUUCCCCUUGCUCCUUUGCAGCCAUCUGGGAGCAGGGCAAAUAUUUUUGUAUUGAUAACAACAGAAUUGCACUAAUGACAUGAAUAUAGAUGUGAUGAAACACACAUUCUUCAAAUUUACCACAAGGAAUGUAAUAAGCAACAGUUGAAACUGACUAAAAACUGGCAUGUUUCUGAUCAGGAUUUGGAAAACAUUCUCCCCACGCUGUUACUGUUCAUCAAGCAGCCAGUGAGACUGGAGAAAACAGUGUUGAGGGAGAGGGGAGAGGAGGAGACCUAGGUCCACCUUGCCCCAUCUGAAGCUCUGCCGUUACCAUGAUGUCCAGGAAUAUUGUUAGGUGCUGCGGGGCCAAAUAUUACCUGUCCCUUACGGACUUGUGCUUUGUGCUGGGGAGGCACUAUCCAUCCUUCUGUGGUGGUGGGGAAAACACAUGGCCAUGGGCCUUGGCAGCCAGUCUGCUACCCUCCUGUGGAAAACUGCUCUUUCCGCUAAAUUGGAAGGACGGGCAGCUGUUGCCCCAGGGGCUGUCAACCCCCUCCCUCAUGCAGAGCCACAGCAAUUAAGGAGGGGAUUUUGCACUUUUCUUGAGACUGAAAUCCCUCGCUCUUGGGCCUCGUGAGCUGUUGGUAACACCAGAGGAAACCAGUAAUUCCGCAUAAAGCGAUACAUCCUGGUGAACGCCUUCAAUUGAUUUAGCCUGCUCAAACAGAAGAAUCAUGCAAAAGCCAAGGGAAUGUGCCAUGUUUGUUAACUGGCCAGAAAAGUGAUUCUCGGGCCGCUGCCUGUGUGCUAACUGGUGCACGAACAGGCUGAGGCUGGACACAUCACACCAAGGCAGCUGCAACAAGGGAGAGCUCCUUCAGUCUUAGGCGGUUGGGCUGCCUGCUUCUCAUUGGCCCCAAAAUCCCUUGUGUCGAUUCCUGUUGUUCAGGGGGACUGUGAGCUCCUCACUGCCCCUGUGACAGUGCCCAGAAAACAGGACAGAGCUGUGGGCCCAGCCCCAGGUGGGGCUGUGUCCCAGCCCUUGGACGGAGCUGCCCGAUGGGAUGUGCUCCCCUCCCUGGGCGCAUGGCUCCCCUCGCUGUGCUCCGGUGGCUCUCCGCGAGUGCCCCAAGAACUGUUUCCACACAGCGUCGGCGUGGCCUGAGGUCACAGCAGGUCUUUGAGGUUCCAACACGUCUGUGGGGUCAGAGAGCCCUGUGGUGCUGCGCUGGCUACAAGAACCGAUUGCUCAGCCCCCAGCCCCAACUGCAGCAGCAGCAGCAGCAUGGUGCGAGCGCACGGGACUGUGGUCCUCAUCCGACACAUCCACCUUGUCGUCUUCUUCCUGGUGGCCCUGCACGCCAGGGUUGUCUGGGCUGCUCCAUUGCAAGCACAGGGAGGAGGUAAGCGGGCGGCACUGGUGCAGCCUUUCACGAGCCAGCAGGCUCUUCUCCCCAGGAAGCCUGGAUGAUGUUUUUUCCCUCCAGUGCUUUAAUGAGGGUUUUCUCUGUGUGCAUGAGAGCUCUCCCGGUAAGAAAGCCCAAAGCAAGGGGGGUGGGGAGGUCCAUAUGUUGGUUCAUCCGCUCCUCGAGAGGUGUUGCACAUGGCCUGAAGAGAGUGUUUGGAGAGCUGGCAGGUGCCAGACAAGAGGUCCCCAGGCCUCUCUGCAGCUUUGGCGAGCUUGACCUAAGUCUGGCUCCCACACUGUUAUCUGACCCGCUUUGUGUCCCUGCAGUUCACUAAGGCAGCACUGGAUCCCAACAUACAAUGGAAAUGUUUCUCAUUUGUGCUUGCUUCUAGAUGAGGGUGGUAGCAAUGAUUAUCCAGUGUCUCGGCUGGAUGUUGGUUUGGAGCCCUUGGGGCACCCUGGAGGUAAGUUCUCAAUGUCCUUUUCCUUGAAGGAAUAAACAUUGACAAUGUGGCAAGAGCUUAUUCAUGUGCAAUUUUCCUUAAGAUCCUCUCAAGGUCAACAGCUUCUCAACUUCUUCGCCUAUUCCUGUCCUUCAGCCUGAGAGCAAUCUCACACGUAAGUCAGGGGGAGGAAGGAGCAUUUACCUUUUAAUCUUUCUGUGACAGACAUGUACAGACAUGGAUAAGAGCAAAAAGGCAACAGGUCAGGGUCAGUGAUGUGCCCCAGGGUGCUUUGCCUUAUGAAGCCAUCUUUGCUGGCCCCUCAGAGCCUGAGCUGCUUGGGGUGCCGGCUGCCAAGACAGCGGGCUUGUUGGGGUUGACUUUAGAGCUGGUGUGAGCUCCAGGCAGUCCUUUAUCCCGGCAGCUCUGCGUGUGGUUUGUUUUGUCUCAGCACAGUGCCGCUACAGGCACUCGGUAACUCUUUGCACCAUGCUCCUGAGUGGAAGAGAGAUGAGUGCCAUGGAGUAAUCCCCUCUUUGGAUUGCACUCUCUGCCACUCUGGUCUGAAGAAGUAUCUUGAACUGCGUCACGGGAGCUGCUCUGUCCUGUGCUUGUUUGCAGCUGUGCCUGUAGGUGAAGGUGAUGCAGCUUCCCAGCUGGCUUCCAGGCUGCGGGAGAUGGCAUGGGUACGUCAUGGCUUUUUCCUCCCUCUUUAAAAGCUGCCAGCUCAAAGCCCAAAGGUCAGCCAGCUGGGCGCCUCUGGAGGUGUGAGGACAGAGACCUGCACCUGUGUGCCCUCCCCUUGUGUGAUCCCCUUACUGCUUCUGUGAUUCACUUCUGCCGAUGUAGAUCACAAUAGGUGACAGGGGCUUCCGCUGGGUGUUUAGAACUGUAGAACCAUAGAAUCGUCUAGGUUGGAAGGGACCUUUAAGAUCAAGUCCAACCAUUAACCUAACACUGCCAAGUCCGCCACUAAACCAUGUCCCUCAGCACCAUGUCUACCCAUCUUUUAAAUACUUCCAGGGAUGAUGAUUCCACCACUUCCCUGGGCAGUCUGUUCCAAAGUUUAAUAACCCUUUAUGCAAAGAAAUUUUUCCUAAUAUCCAACCUAAACCUCCCCUGACGCAACUUGAAGCAUUUCGUCUUGUCCUAUCACUUGUUUAGCUACAGGUGUGCCUGUAGAGAAGGCUUUUCCAGCUCCUCGGCUGCAUCCUGCACUAGUGCCCGUCUGGCGUUGCAGGGGUGAGUAGUCUUUCUCUACUGACCCCACAGGAUAUGCACUGUUUUUCUGUAUUUUAUUCACGCAAAAUUGAAGUGAAUAGUUUUUGUUAAGGGACUACAGGGGUAAAGUUUCAGGCCGAUGGAGGAAAAAAGUCCCCAAAGGCAUCUGAAGUCCUUGGGGAAAUUCUGAAGGAACUGGAGAGAGGACAGGGUGGGUAUAUUUCACUCCGCCUUAGCUGUCAGACUUGACAACUGGAGGUUUUAGAUAGAUGUCUGGACACGCUGUGGCCUGCGCAGCAGGAAGGGAUUGAUCAGAGCCUUGCAUCAGCGAUGCUGGGUUUCACACCUUGCAGGCAGGUGCUGGUGAGACACAGAGAUGGUGCAGAGCCUCUGCUGCCAGUUGUGGCUCAUGCCAAAUGGCAGAGGCAGCCGCUGCCCCAAUUUUACCAUUAUGGCUCAGAGCUGGUUUGUGCAGAUGUUGGUAUGCAGAUUUGAGGGCCUGGCAUAUGCUGAACUUGUGUUAAGCUCAUGUGCAGCCCUGCUUGCCCACUGGGCCAGUUGCAGGGGAGUGAGGUCCCAGGCAAUGCUGGUUGCCUUUUCCUAGUGCUGGAAGUCAGGUGGACAUGCUGAUUCUGCAGGUGUUUUCGGUGGUGCUCAACGUCCUGUCUGUUUCCCGAUAGCUGGGAUGGGAUGAAGGUGACUGUUGCUGAUGUUUACAGGGCAGGGCCGGAGGGCCUUGUGGAGGAGCCCUUCUUGGAAGGGCCACUUCCCCGGCUGGCUUGGCUGCAGCUUCUUCCCAUCCUCUUGGAAGGAAGGCAUGUAGCAUAACCUUACAGUUUGCCAAAAAUGCACUAUGUGGAAUGUGAACCAGAAGAUGAUGUGCAAUUUCCUGGUCUCCCAGCAGGUCAGGCGUGGCUGUUGUUUGGAGUGGUGACUAGGCGCAGCCCCAAAAGCCCAGGCAUUUUUUUUCUAAACUUUAUCAAUGUCUUUGAGAAGUCUUGUCUCCUGAAGAUGCCCUCUCCCUGAUGGUGAAUGGUUCCAUCUGAUCCAACUGUCCUGUUUUCUUUCUCAAGAGGCGGACCAAGAGGCUAUGAAAAAGGAGGUGUUUCCAGAAGGAAGCAACGACUCACUGCCAGUCCGUGAUGAAGAAAGGGAGGUGAUGCGAGCCACUGGCAUGCUAGAUGCGGUCAAUGGGAGAUCCACAACUGUUGCCAACCCCCAGAAGACCACAAGUGUUUACUUCGGUGUUGUCUGCGCUGAAGAUGUGUGAAGGCGCUGUAUGAUAAGCACAGCUGCACUUGUGGUUUCCCUGCUAUUUGCAACACUGUUGUGCUGUGUCAUAGUCCAUCAGUGGAGGAAGAGACAACAGCUCCUCUCUGCAGCCUCGGGAGCCCAGCUGGGAACCCGCGGUUACUCUGGCACCCCAGAGAGCCAGACCCAACGCCAGCAGCCACUGCUCUCACACUCCUAUGGCGCCCGGCGCCCCCCAGACCGUCCCUAGCCAGCCUGCAGCAGAUGUGGAACCAGCCCAGCACCCCCCCACCCCAAUGGCCUCCCCGCCCUCAGGACUCGCUGGUCUGGCCCUACGGCAAGGACUGAAGGCAACCCCACCAGGGUAGGGCUUGGGGUGUGCUGAUAAAACCAACAGCUUCAUGGAUCAGCCCUUUUUCUCCAAAUAAAGACGGACAGAGCUGUCACACAAGUGUCCAGGUGGUACCAACAGCAAACCCUGUGAGGCACCAGCACUGGCUGAGCUUCACGCCUGGCCGCAGCCAUGGAUGCCCAUGGUGUUGGCAGGCAGGAGCCAGGCACAGGGCUCCUCCAACCAGCAGCGGGGACCUCAGGGUCUGAGGGAGCCCAUGGCCGUGACCAGCAACCGUCAGUGACACCAGCCUGACCAAUGCUUGGUGCUGAAGGCAGUGACAGGAGCCCAACCUGGCUGGUCGCACAGACUGGUGUGGAUCCAUGGAGUGAGGGAACAUAUAUUGCAGCAGCAGCAUCUGGCUGUGGACCUCCUCAAAUGGGGUCCCCAGGAAAAGAGGGAAGCCAUCAAGAAUGUCUUCAGGGACACAAGCCUGACAAGCAAAUGUACUGGAGGCAAAACAAAGUUCCUCACCAAUUAAUGGGUCCUUGAUGGGCCAUCUCACCAGUUGCGGGUGCUGCAGAGUAUCUCCACAUCUGGGAGCCGAGCCUCCUACGACCCUCCCUGAUUAAGGCUUUUAUUACCUUGGGAGUAAUGAAGCGGUGGCCACCCCACUGCUUGAACAGCAUGUUGAAAGGCUGGCUGAAGCAUUUGUAGGAGUUCAGCUGUGCUGCUAAGGCUGUGGCCACUGUUCACAGGACAGGGAAGUGCCUUGCUGCCCAGUAGUGCCCUGGAGCCAGGUUCAGGUUUCCUUGGCUCCCCUCUUUUGUUUGCUAAAGCUCAGCUACAAAAGCUACUACUAUAAACAUGAAAACAUUUUAAAAAUAAUCCACACCAGUGCAUGCCAGACAUUUCACAGCAAACCCAGAAGUGCUGUGUCGGUACCAGCUCUAUAUUUAGUGAUGAGUACCGGAACUGGAUUGGAAGAGCUCAGCUCUCCUCCUCCACCCAACCUACAUUAGUACCACCCAUCCCUCAGCUAGGAGAAACUCUUAAAACAAUGAGAUGGAACAAUCGAUGAAUCUGCUUUGCUACAGCAGUUACUCCUUUCCUGUAUGAUCGCAUGCUAAUACCACCGUGUCUCCUGAGCCGAAACCCCAAGCUCCAAAAAUACAGGACACUUUUGUUUUAGAGACUGGUCAAGGAAAGGAAUAGCUCGUACAGCAAGUGCCAGACCCAGGUCCACUUUCCCUCCUUGCCAAACCAGAUGGGGUUUGCAUUUCAGGCAAAAGCUUCAAGUACAAGAGAAGCAGAAACGCAAAUCUAGUAGCGCUGCCACCUUUGUGUCUCUGGCCUUUAAGAGAGACUGCCAUUUAAGCCACUGUGUUUCUGUGCUGAGAAACUCAGCACAUUUCCACGAGAAGUCUGAGCUGUGAAACUACAUUUUUGCUUUGCAAGUCAGUAGGCUGAGCUGGCCUUCAGUUAUGCUUUAACCCCAUCAUGUACAGAAAGGCAGAAAAGCCAGAGCUUCUCCUUUUCUAGCCCAGCAGCAAAGGAGCCUGCCGUGGCUGGGCAGGGCUUGUUCCGGCAAGCUGCAGUCGCAGCCCUGCAGUGGGCUGGGACACCCAAUGCCUGCAUCAGCAGAGCCAAGUAAAACUAAAAAUCACCCCGGAGAGGGAUAUGGAGGGCAGGGUGGGAGCAAGGAUGCUGGCAAGAGCCUCCUGCACCCUGUCCCCGUGGCCAGGGACAAGACCACGCGAUGGCAGCCUUUCUGCACAAGAGCUUCAGUCCACGCUGAAGGACUUUCAGGGAGUUCAGCAGUGCUGACGGGCUGGUGGAUUUUCCCCUAACUUCUGACCCCACAAGAGGGCGGAUGUUGAAAUGAUCACUUGCAGAGGGAAAAAAGGAAUACCUUCUGGGGAGCUGCAGAAACAUGGAGCGUUUGGCCUUUGCCAAACUGGGAGCUGCGUUUGCCAAGAACAGCCACAGCCACCUUCUGAGCAGCAAAAAAUACUAAGGGUCAGGUCCGUAUGCCUGUGACACAGCUAAGCAAUGCGCACUCUGGCGUAACAGAGCUUCUGGUGGCUCAAUAGCUGCUCCACACGGAUCUGGACCUGCUGUAGCAAAAUCUGAUGCUCAUUUAUUUCAAAGUCUAUACACACUCGACUUGUCAACAAAGGCACAGGAGAGCUGCUCAGCAUCUCCGUAACACCCGGCCAAAACAGUGAAAAAUUGUGGGACACAAGAAUCUGCAGGGGAGCCUGCUAGCAGCAAUAUUGUCAUUGGUGAUACGGAGAAACAAAGAACAUUUCUCUAGAGUCUGUCAAUAGAGUCUGCAACACGCAUUAACUUCAUCGUGGGCAUCUUCAGCCUCUAUUGCCACAGUUUCGGUCGUGAUUAGAAACUGGAGAUUUUUAAUGUAAAUAAUAAAAUUUUACUAUAAGACUAUAGCUAUAGCACCCUUAUCCACUUCCUACAACACAUCAGAUUAGAAAGCUUCUAAUGAAUUUGAAGAAAGCGUAAUUUUGACUAGAAGUAAAAGUUUAAGGAAACAAUAAGCAAAAAUAUGCGUAGAGGUGAGUAUAGUGUUCUGCUUCGUUCUUGAUGGGGUUUAGGAGAGGUGCUGAAAAACCUGUGUAGAACAAGAAACUCGUGUUUCUACAUAAAAAUUAUGUUCUUAAAUUUAAUAGGCUUUAGCAAAAAAUUGACUGCAUUAGUUUGAAAUAUUAAUAGAACGAAUUAGUUAUUAUGGCAAGUAAUUCCACAGAAGAAUAAAGAAUGAGAAAAAAAAGAUCUCCAGAAGAUCUCAGCAAGGUACAGCGUGAUCCACUUUCCCUUAGGAUUCUGUCAGAACUUGCACGGCUAAGCCUCAGCUUCCUCAGCCAAAGGCAAACAGCUGCUUUCUCUUCAUCUCCCAGCAUAAGAGGGUAUUCAGGGAUAGUCUGGGGGUCAGGGCAGUGGCUGUACUAUUACUUGUUGUUUUCUCUUCUCUUUCUCUCUCUCAAAGGUGUUGAGAGUUUAAAAACAGAAAAGUACCUGUAAACUAGCUGUAGUCUGCAGAAUGCAUCUGACAGCGAAGCGUAAUCCUUCCUCAGUUACUCGUACUUCACAGUCUCACAAUUGUUUAAGCAGACUUUAUUUAGAGAAAAAAAAGUAGCAGAUAAGUAAAUACACAGAAGGGACUAAUUUAACCAACCCCAUGGAUAAAAGUCUGGGUAGGGCAAGAAGUGUCAUGGGAGUGUUUUAAUCUGUCAGAAAUGUGAUGACUAAAUGAGCAAUUACUACUCUGAAUGUGUACCACCACUGGGCUCCUCCUACACUCGUUUAGGAGUAUUUCUACAUUUCUCAUGCAACCUGCCUGUGUGACAAACCUGCGCCUGCGCGCACACACCCUGGACCCAAUUAGUGUCAGGUUUACGAGCUGCUCAGCAUGUGCCUCGUGUCUCUAAACCUCUCCUGGAAGCAAUUUUCCCAGCGUACAAAGAAUGAAUCACCCUUCUCCUAACUCUCUCAGCAGAUAGUUCCCAAAUAAGGGCAAAAUAAACAUAUGUAAUACAUGAUACAGCAUUCUAAUGAAUUAGAUAAUAGCCUCCCAGCAGAAGUAGAUGCAGAGUAUUAGCUGCUUCAAGUGUUCAACAUUACAUGUAAUUAAAUAUGUCAGGGUAGGUGAGACAAGGCACUUGAACAGGCACUUGCAGAAAACUAGUGAAACAGCCUGCUUCAAAAAAAACACCCAAACAACCUCAAGCAAACAAGCAAAAGAAAACAACUGGAAAAGAAGAAAAUCAAUGCACACCUACUACAGGAAGUAUAAAUUGCCUUCUCUAUCUGCAUCCCAGUCACUCCCAAAGCAUCAGUACCUGAAGAAGAGAGGAGAGCAGAGGAACGGUACACAACUCUGCACACCCCCUCCUCGGGCACCAACUGCACCAGGGUGAAACCGUUUGCUUAAUUUAAUAAAUGACUUAACAUGACCACACCUUGUAUAAUCGAUAGACACACGGUGCUGUUGGAAUGUCCCUAGCAGUCUCCUAUUGCUCUUCACACACAUUUUCAAGUGACCAAACAUCGUGCUUAGCCAGAGGCAAUGCUUGCCAAGGAAAAGGAACUCUUACAUCAGGAUGUAACACAAAUCCUACUGAAAUGAAGCCAAACCCAGAACUGUAUUUUAGCCCAGCAACUAAAACGUUGGGUUACCUCUGAGCAGGCCAAGAAGGAGCUCAGGAGGCCACAGGAGCUGCAAUGCUUCCUUAGGUGACAAUACUAAGGGCCAAAGGCAAGACACUGGCAUAAGAAAGGCUUAAUUAUCUACCCAGGGGCAGCUGUAGUGAGAAGCACCAGUGUAGCUGGUGUUUGUUAGGUGCUGAGCUGGGCUUCCUUUUUCUGCUCUCCUGCACAGGAGAGGUCUGCCUCCCCCUUUCCUACUGUCUCGUUUCCUUCUGCUGAAGGCUGACUGGGUCAGAAACCAUUGUCUGCUGGUGAAGGAGCAGCUCCCCAAACAGAAAACACUGAGGUGGCUUCAGUUUAAUGUUGUGCUGAAGAAGUUACAUGCAUCAGAGGAGGAUGAGAAGGGCUCAGAGGAGAGCACCAGAGAGUUUACCGCAGCUAAAGGACAAACAAAGCCAAACAGAGGGAUGCUUUGUUUCAGGUUAGUCUAAGAAAGGCAGUGAGGAUUACAAGGAAACAGUUUGUAUCUCUUCCUCCUGCGAGAAGAGUGAGCAUUAAACCCAUAAUCAAAGUAAAUUGGUACCCUGAGUGGCCGAGAGCGUGUAGCAGCCCAUACAGAGGGAGAGCCAGAGCACAGCCAGGCAGUGAGGACGUACAAGCGGUCGCUAGUAUGUGAGAAGUUGCUGAUGGACAACCCAAGGAUCUGAAGGACCUCUGCCUUUCAGGACUGUCCAUCCUGAUCUCUGAUAUUUUCUGUUACCAGAACUCAAGAGGCCAUUUAUAAGAGUUACAGCUACCAAACCCAAUUGCUGUGAAAAGGCAGAGAGAAACCCCCCAGUUUACCACCGUUCCCUCAGGCUAACUGGGGACUGGAGGCUGGAUCCAGCCCAGGCUGCUCCCUGUUGCUUUCUAAGAGCAGACAAUGCACUGCAAAUGACACUUGACUGUGUAACAAAUGGAGGAUUUGCACCCACUCACUUAUUAUGUGCGUUGCUGGAAAAGCACACCUAAUUCGAUAAAAAUCUAACUUCCAGCUAUGAAAUCCAGAGAAGUUUUGUACCUGGCAAAGGUGGAAAUGCAUGACGAGACUGGAGAGAGCCCUGGUCAUAGUGAAAGCAAAUGCUAGGCAGGGCAGGUUUGCUUAGGAACUACUAGUAUUUUCUUUCUUCAACUGACAUAGGUAUUGGGAUUCCUGGCUGAUACUAAGCAGAUGAUAGACUUGUGGGGAAGUUUGUGGGAGUUGAGCAUGCCCAGGGGGCUGAGGGCUGGCCCGAGCAGGGUGGACCUCCUGGAAGUAAAUGGCCAGCACUGCUCCUCACAGCCCGGCUGGCUCCUGGCAAUCAGCACAGGCUGCUCCACCUCAUUCAACCCAAGCACCUGCAGGAGAUUGUGCUGUUUACAAGCUUAUCACUUGUUCAGGGUGGUGUAGAGUCCUUUUCCCCAGAGGGGUAGCUGUGCCUCUUAUCUACCCAGGAGCCCUCAGCACCUUUGUGUGCAGAGCAAACAGCAGAGGAGGAUUUUGAACAUGGCUCAGUCUAUCGUGCCUUGGUGAGCACAUCAAUAACGCAGAGAUGGCUCUGGCUUUGUCUUUGCAGCACCCUCUCCGAUUGCUGGAGGCAGGCGUGAUGGAUGGUUUCCCUUCCCUGUCAGCACCCGGCUGCUCCACCACAGGACACCGCAGCUCUGGGACACAGGGAGGUGGGCAGUGGGCCUGCCUCGGGCACGAUGGCGGGGGCCCUUCCUGGGCCCACAGCCCAGGAGGCUGGACCUGACCCCCUGUGCUGGCAAUGUCCCCUUCCUGUUGAGAGUGUGGUACAAAAACUACCCGUCUCCUUGCUCGCUGCACAGGCCUUCCCCCCUGUGCCUCCCUCCCUGAGCCUGGGUACGCUCGGGGCAGGAGGGCAGCGUGCCUGGGCCUCCAAACUGCCAUCACAGCCUCCCCACUCGCCAUUAUGGGAGCCCAGUCUUUUCCCCUCAGAGAGGGAUCCCUGUGCCCCUGACCUCCCCUUAGUGUCCCAGAGAGCCCAGACAAGCGGGCCCGGGCCUCCAGCCCAAGCAGGGGCUGUGCUGGAGCAGCCAUGGGGAGGGCUGGCGGGUCCUGGCCGGUCGGGGCUGCUGAGGCCCCUCGGUGCCUGAGGCAGGCUGGGAAGCUGCCCAGCUCCUCACCCCCACGCUGGUGGGAUCGGCUCUCAGCCUUCCCUAGAGCUCAGGGACACGGAAAACACACACACAGCUCCUCCUGUCACGCCUGGAGUGGGACCGAGGGUGGCCAGAGGACGAUGCAGAGCCACCGCCACUCUUGCUGUGAGUCAGGGGAGGCCACGUGAGGCCCCAGCGCCAGCCCCAACGCCUGCCCGCCCACCAUGGCGUGCUGGGGCCAGCGCUGCGCACACCCUGCGCUGGGAUCCCGACCCACCGCACAGCCCUCAGGUGAGCGCCGGGGAGGGGUUCGGGAGCUUCUUGUGACUGAGACUGAGGGCAUUUCAGGGUUGUGUCCUGGCUCCUGGUACAUGGCUGGUUGUUUAUUGCUCCCCGAGGCAUCAAGACACUGACAAGGGGUCAUGGUGCUGUGGGGGCAAAGCACAGGGCUUACCUGUAACCUCCAUGUCUUCCUGACUGGACUUCCACAACUUUUAAAUAUCUUUUUUUCUAUAAAAUCCUAGUGGCAAUCCCCUUAUUUUCUGUGCCGAGGAAGAUUUGUUUGCUUUAACUACUCAGACUACAAACGUGAACUCUUCUGGCUUCUGAUGAGCUCAUUUUCUUCCCUUCAGAGCUUUCCAACGACCGCACAGAGGAGCACACAGUGAGUAAGCAGAAAUACAAACCAGGUAAUUUCAAAUGGUGUAUAUAAACGCAUACAGGAGUGCUGCCAUCAUUUUACCAGUGUGGCUGGAAAACAGGCAGCAAACGGCCCCGGGUUUGUGGGUGUGGGGCUGGCAGCAGCACGGCCACCAUGUCUGGGCUAGCAGUGAGAGCCGGGAGAGGGAGGAAUAGCCGGUGCUGCGGCAAGGGGCAGACGGGCUGAGCCUGCUCCCUGCUCACACCCAUGGGGACGGUCACACCGAGCCUGGGGAGCUGCCCUCCCCAUGGUGACACACACUCGCUGGGUCUCUCCAGCUGCCAGUGUUCAAGAAUGUUGUAAAGAGUGAGAAGUCUUUGAGUUUUGCUGCUUCUCUGUUGCAUUUCAUCUAUAUUUGACAGCAGGAAGGCAAGCAGACGAAUAGCAGAACUAUCUCACAGGUGGCAUUACCCGAGGAGACUAGAGAAGUCUGGUCUAGGAACGGUUUGAAACUUAGACGACGUGGAUCAGUUUUUGUUGUCUUGCUGGAAGAAACGACCAGCUUUCACCACAGGCCUCCAGGACAUCUUCCUGUGGAACCAACCACUAGGACCAGCCUAAGACUUGCAGGCCCAGCAAUGGAGAACUUGAAUGUCCCGUUCCCUGAUCUUACUGAAGAACAGCAAGACAUUUUCCAGAGGGUUUUUACUGCUGAUGCCAAUUACUUGGAGCAUCAUGAGAAAACGAACCAGUCCUUCUGGGAGUCACUUGUAAAAUAUCUAGCCACCACUGACCCACCUAUCCUGAAGACUGAAGAAAAGAACAAUCUCCUGAACAGCUGCAGGGUCCUGCCUGGAGGCUGUACAGCCUGCCUGAAAGCCAUAGAGAAGAAAGGAGGCCGGGCGAUGGCUGUUCUUUACCUCUUGCUGAAGACAACCAAUCCAGCGGGAUACAGGCAGCUGCCCAGCUCCAAGGGAAAGGAUGAAAAAUUGAAACUCCUGAAGAGAUUGGAAAGGAAUCUCAUGCUUUCACAAGGGGAAAAAAAUGAUGAAAGCUCAUCCCAUGAGUUCACGGAUGAAGAUACACGAGACAGUGAUGAGGAAGAUUUAGGAAGACAGAAGACCGAAGGGCAAUUACUUGGAGGCAUACCAGCAGAGGUUGUUCCCUACAGAGAUUCAGAGAUUAUCAGAAGAGAAGAAGAUUCCAUUGCAGAUGCCUAUGACGACGAGAACACUCGCCUCCAUCAGUGUACGGUACGGUGGAUGGGCAUACGGAAGGAUGAUGAAUUCUUUCAUUUUGUCAUUCUUUGCUUUGCGAUUGGAGCUUUACUAAUUUGCUACUACUACUACAAAGAUUGGACUGUUUCUCUCGGGAUCGGUUUAAUCACCUUUGCUUCCCUGGAAACCACUGGGAUAUACUUUGGUCUAGUGUAUCGACUUCGGAGCGUACUUGACAGCUUUGUUCCUCUGAUUGACAAGUUCAGGCCAGCAGGUAUGAGGAAAGCUGCCUAGGACGAGUAACUCAGGAGAGUGCCACAAACCCCUGCGGUCUGAAUAUCUGGUGUUAAAAGAACUGCUUUAUGAGGCAAUCAUAAAAACCUAAUGGCUAGCGUGCAAUAUUGAAAUGUUAAACCACAGCAAGAGAUCAUUCCCUCCCCUCAAAAAUAAAGCUGGAACUGUGGUACAGGGUCCCGUUCUUUCUUCUGAAGCAAUUGGUGGCUCAGAAGAGCUCCAGAUGCAGGUUUAUAUUUAAUGCCAUUAAAUAUAAACACAUUCUCCUUCCCUCCCCUGUGCAGCCACAUUAGUCUGCCUACGGUGAAUCAAAAUCAACAAAAUGACCGAUAUUAUCCUCAGCUUGUUCUGGAUUAGGCUCUGGAUGUUUCAGUAGGAAUCUUGGCAGCCACAGAGCCGCCUCCUCUUCCCCCCUUGUGAUGCCGCAAAGCAGGCAAACACCAGCUGCUGGCUCGCGGCUGAGCCCCAACAGCGCCACAGCACUGGAGCAGAUUAAUCCGUUGUGGCAGAACUCGAUAUAGUGGGUGUAUAAUGAUUUCACCCAGUGAAAGCUGGGUGAGAUUUUUACACGCAGUGACAUAAUGGUGCAGUAAUGAGAUUAUUAACAGCAGCAAAUUUCAUCUCUUCUUCUGAGGGGAAAAAUAAAGUGCUUGAUUUGACCCAUCCCCCAACAUGUUUUUUCUUCUUCAAGUAAAAUAAAGUGCAACUUUGACGUUCCUUUCGUUUUAUAGGAACAUGUUACACGUUACAUAUGUAGGCUAGUGCAAUCAUAGGCAGACUGCUAAAAAAGGGAAUACCUUUAGAUUUUUAGUUAAAAUGUAAGGUCUUCAUACCCAUAGAAGGAUGAUGGCACCAACUUAGUCAGAGAGAGCUACAAAACAUGAAAUUGUAAGGAAAUGUAGAUCUAAAAGCCAUUAGCCCAAACAGCCCGGAGUUUGAGAGAAGCAGUUUCAAGCCUUGCUAAGAAAAUGAGAAAGCUUACUUUUUAGUUGUACUUCAUUUUAAGCACCAGCGUUGCGUGUUCUUGUGUACUGUAGUGCCAUUUGCACAUCCAAAAAUACCGGCGAUUGCCCGCGGCCUGCACCACCGCAGCACAGCAGUCACCUAACAUGUCAGGGUUAAAUUAGGCAAUAAGGAUGAAUACAAGUUAUUUUGUAACGUUUAUAGUCUCAUUUACAUGUACUUUUUACAUGUCUUUGUAGACAUACUCUCUCAGACCAAAAUACUGUAUAUUUUGUGUUGUUGGUCUGCAAACAAAGUCGUGCUUAGGCCAGUUUUAGUUUCGUCUGCUGUAUAACAUCUUUCUGAAAGGUAAUUUGUGGGAUAAUCAGGAUGAGAAACAUAUUUUAGUACUAAACAUGUUUUCAAAUUUGGUACUCUGCAGUCAACAGAAUGAAUUUUUCAUUUUAUUUUUUCCUUAAACACAAGCUGCUUCAGGGUAAAAUAAGCAAAACGUUUAUGGAUAGCAAACCAUUUAAAACCCACCCAGUGGAACCCACCCCGUGAGAUAAACAGCUCCCCCAGCUCAGAGCAGCUCACGCGAGAAGAGUCAGUUCUAAGGAAAAAAGCAACUUACACCUUCAGCCGCUUCUUCUCGGGUAUCUGGGAAUUUCCUGCUCUUCUUUCAGAUCCUUCUUCUUGAGUCCAUCUCAGCAUUUUAAACAUUCCUGCCUCCUGCCCAACAGCAACACUCUCGUUCUGGCCUCAUGUAUCACCCUUGCGCAGCACUGGUCAGAAACUCAGAAACAGGAUACAAGUUGCCAUGAAGAGUUUCAACCUCCUUAAAAGAGCUUGUGCCCACCGGGCUACCGUUCUCCCAGUGCAGCAUGGCCCAUGGCUCAUCGCUCACCCACAGCUCUGCUGGGCCUCCGCUGGUUCCCCAGGGCCUGGUACAUCUCCCGCCUCUUCGACAUUAUCCAGCCCACGGGCUGCUUCUUACUUGUGUUUGGUUUUAAAUGGCUGGGGGGCAACGCAGAGAGGAGGAACUGAAGCAGAAGCACUGGCCACCCUCCUCCCACAACACACGUUCCUGCUUUUCACUAUCUGAUGCCUACGAUUUCAAUCUUCAGCAGCAAGGUGGACCAAACAUUGAACAAAAGUGACUCAAUUCACUCUAGACUAGCAUUUCCCUGCUGAAGCACAGCCCGCUCAGACCUCCAGUGAACACCCAGCCACUCCCACGCUACAGCUCGCAGCAGGGGAGGCGGUUCGCAAAGCAAAGUGCUCCUGCUACACAACAGGCAAAGCGCU